AUGAAGAGCGCAGUAUUGGUAACGGGAGCUUCGAGGGGUUUUGGUCGCUGUCUUACGUUGGACUUUGUGCGUCUAUUAAAGCGACAACAUAUUGAUCUGUAUCUAUGGGCACGGAGUGAGCAUGAGCUACACGAAACAAAACGAUUGGCACACAUUGAAUGGAAGAAAAUCGAGGCAUUAGGUGACUUGAAGUGCUUUAUCCAGUCAGUAGACUUGAGUAAUUCCAGUAGUUAUACUGUUAAAGUCGAUCAAGUGUUGCUGGAACUAGCAGCACAGAGUUAUGACCGAGUAUUCCUGGUACAUAAUGCCGGAUCUUUGGGCCAACUUGGACUUGUACAGGAAUGUGCCUCUUCUCCAAUGGAGUUGUCUCAGUACUGGGAACUCAAUGUAACGUCGGUGAUAUGGCUCAACAAACGCUUUUUAGAUGUCUUUGGAGCUUCGAGAGAAGAAUUAGUGGCGUUAAAUGGAUCUACUAGCAGGAAACAGACACAAUUGGUGAUUAUUAACAUCACGUCAUUGUGUGGUAUUGAGCCGUUCAAGACGCAUAUGAUGUACUGUGCUGGUAAAGCAGCGCGUGAGAUGCACCAUCGAGUAAUUGCUACCGAGCAAGCGGCAGUUGGCAAAGUGCGUGUACUGCAAUACUCGCCUGGACCGAUGGAUACGGACAUGCAAAAGAUGAUUCGAGAGUCGUCACUUGUUGACCCUGAACUUCGAAAACAGUUUGCAGACAUGAAGGCAAAAGGAACACUCGUUUUGCCAGCUCAAUCGUCAGAACGCGGCGUGACACUUGCUAUCAGCGAAGACUUUGAAACGGGAGCUCAUGUCGAUUACUACGACCUGAUCACUUCUAGUAAGGGGACCAAGUGA